CUGCUCCUUCUCCAAGCCGUGGAAAUUAUCAUCGCUACGUACUGUUCGGGCGCCAGCGAGGGGUCUCGCGUGUGGGUGCCGAACUACUCAUCAAUCAACUCACGCACCCUGCCCCACCCUACCACCACCCACAAAGCUACAGUACUGAGAGAGACAGACAGACGCAAACGGGUGGUCGAGCUAGUGAUUUGUGCUGAUUCAGAGUUAAUUUCUGAUAUGAUUGAGUAGAUAGAGGCAUGGAGCAUGUGAGUACAGAGAGAGAGGGACUUAAGGCGCACCGAACAAGCAUAUGAUCAGACCCCUCUCUGCUGCCUGUGGUAAAGUAACACGAAAGAGAGAGAAGAAAGGAGAAGAGAAAGAGAGAGCGGAAGAAGAAGGAAGAUGGGUCGUGGGAAGGUGGAGAUGAGGCGGAUCGAGAACAAGAUCAGCCGGCAGGUGACGUUCGCCAAGCGCCGGAACGGGUUGCUCAAGAAAGCGUACGAGCUCUCGCUGCUCUGCGACGCCGAGGUCGCCCUCAUCAUCUUCUCCGGCCGCGGCCGCCUCUUCGAGUUCUCCAGCUCAUCGUGCAUGUACAAAACACUUGAGAGAUACCGCACCUGCAACUACAAUUCACAGGAAGGACCUCCGGUGGAAAAUGAAAUUAAUUACCAGGAAUAUCUGAAGCUGAAGACCAGAGUUGAAUUUCUUCAGAGUUCACAAAGAAAUAUUCUGGGUGAAGAUCUGGGUCCACUUAGCAUGAAAGACCUUGAGCAGAUUGAGAACCAAAUAGAUGUAUCCCUGAAGCAUAUCAGGUCUAGAAAGAAUCAAGUAUUACUUGAUCAGCUAUUUGAUCUGAAAAGCAAGGAGCAAGAAUUGCUGGAUCAAAACAAAGACCUGAGGAAGAAGUUGCAAGAUACGAGCUGUGGAGAGAAUGCGGUCCAUAUGUCCUGGCAAGACGGAGGAGGGCAGAGUAGCUCCAAUGGGAAUGGCAUUGAUCCUUAUGCGGGACUCCUUCAACACCAGGAACAUGAAUCCUCCAUGCAAAUUGGGUAUCAUCAAAACUACAUGGACCAGCUGAACAACGAAGAUCACACGGCUUCUCAGCACCCUAAUGCACAGCCUGGAUCGUCUGCAGGUUGGAUAUGAUUGGUUGGUCUGGCCCUGCGUGCCGUGUGUAGCUAAAUCUGGAUGCCAGUUCUUAUAUUUUCGUGUGGUCAACGUGGUUUGUAUCUACCGUAUUACUAUGCUAAGGGCAUAUAAAAUGAUUGAUUAAACAAUCUAACUUACAAAAUAAAAUGUCGUCUAAAGACACAAAUAUCUCACACAA